AAACGAUUUCAUGCAACACGAAUCCUAAAUCUCAUAAAAUUAAACAAACAUUUGUAGCUGCUUCUUUCUUGAGAACAAACAAUGUCUUAUGCUAAGCUCACUCCUUUGGCUCUCUUCUUGUUUGCCACAUUUUUAAUGUUCCCGAUGAAGAAGGUAGAAGCACAAAGUUGUAUCGGUUUCUGUUCAGUGUUUGAUAGUAAACCGCUAUGUGGUAGUAGCCGUUGUCGUUGUAACAAGCCUUUAAAUAAUCCAUUUGUAGGCAUAUGUGAACGCCGACCAUCUACAGAUGCUAUCGAGAUGGAAGAGGAACAUCAAAAAUUUUGUCAGUCUCAUACAGAUUGCACAGAAAGAGGAAUUGGGACCUUUUGUGCGCGUUAUCCUAAUUCUGAUAAUGAAUAUGGCUGGUGUUUUGCUUCUAGCUCUGAGGCGGAAGAAUACUUCAAGAUUGCCUCCAAGUAUAAGUUCACAAAAGAAUUCUUGAAGAUGCCUAUCACUGCUUAAUAUUUAUAUGUCCAAAAAAACCUAUGAUAUGAGGCAUGGUAUCGUUUAUCUAAUACUUUAAAUAAAUCGUCUUUGUUUCGAACUGAUAUGUUGGAUUGCUUAGAUAUCUUUCUGAAUUCCAAUAAAUCAUGCUUGUGCAUGGGUAUGGAGAUUUAAUAUAUGUUGUUAUUUUGCAAGUA